AUGCCCGAACAAGGAGAAGAAAGUUGUUGUCAUUUUCGAGUUGGUUAUGGCCUACCAACAAGAAAGAUCGAAGCUUUCAUGGUUCCAUCAUUCAUCGACUACGCUAAACAACGAGGUAUCGAUUUCAUCCCUAUCGAUGUUUCAAAACCAAUAACCGAACAAGGCCCAUUCGAUUGCAUCAUUCACAAGCUUUAUGGCCAAGAAUGGAACCAUAAUCUUGAAAAUUUCUCCUUAGAGAACCCGAAUGCCAUUAUUAUCGACCCUCCUUUGUCCAUCCAACGUCUCCAUAACCGUAUUUCAAUGCUUGAACCGGUUACUCAACUCAAAAUCCCUCAACUUAACAUCCCACCUCAAAUCCUCAUUCAAGAUUCCGCGUCUUUAAAAUCUUUUGAGCUUACAAAUUAUAAAGACUUGAAUUUUCCUUUGAUCGCGAAAUCUUUACUUGCGGAUGGGACUACUAAAGCACAUAACAUGUCUCUAGUGUUUAACCAAGAAGGGUUAACCAAAGGGCUAGAACUAGACCCUCCUUUGGUUUUGCAACAAUUUGUGAACCAUGGUGGGAUCAUAUUUAAAGUAUAUGUAGCCGGUGAUUAUGUAAAAUGCGAGAAAAGGAAUUCUUUGCAAGAUAUUUCAAAGGAGACUUUGGACAAGAUGGCAUCAUCCGGUGGAGAUAUAACAUUUUCUCAAAUAUCAAGUGCAGUUGUAUCCGGUGACGAUGAUUUGAGUAAUGAUAAACCAAAGAUGCCAAAACCCGAGUUUCUUGAUCAAGUUGCGAAAGGCUUGAGAAUGGCUCUUGGAUUACAUCUUUUUAAUUUCGAUAUGAUUAAAGAUGACAAAAUUAGUGAUGGGUAUCUUGUAGUUGAUAUCAAUUACUUUCCUGGUUACGAAAAGUUACCUUUUUAUGAAUCUACAAUGACCGAUUUCUUCUUAAAUAUUAAGAAAUUACAAGAAGAAAAGAAGAUGAUUAACAAGGAGAACUAG